AUCCUUUAUUUAUGAUUACAAUUUUCAACAAAUACUUAACGUUUAUAAUCUGUAAACUAGCAUACAUUACGUAGUUGUAAGUUUGUUUCGUUUUAUAGCAAUUUUCAACCAUGUCAAAACGCUCGCCUGUGGAAGAAAGACCGCCUGAACCAUACAUAGACUAUUCAGAUUAUGAAUGUAAUCUAGAAUGCGCUCGACAAGGAUCAUUCAAGGAAUUUGUCGGCCCCGUGAAGAUCAUCCUCAUGGAGACGCCUCCAGAAGUAUAUAAAAAAAACAUGACGGUCAGUGGACUAGUUGCGGCAACCUAUAUGUUUUUUGGAAUGCAGUUCAUUAUGGCCACAUUGUUCACUUUCAAUUAUGCACUCCCGUUUAGAUACAAUGGCCACAUUUUCUAUUGUACGAGUGCGUAUCAACUAUUAUUUCCAAUAGGAAUUUUGACCUAUAACCGUUUUAAUAUUGUUGCGAAACAUGAAAGAAUAAGAGAAAGGAACAUAGAACAUGGUGUAUGUCAGGUUGUCGGGUUUCUGUGCGCUAUGUAUGGUUGGAAGGGUACUUUUGGAAUCGGUGGCGGAACAUGGCACUCACGAACAGGUUUCUGGGCCAAUGUUUUCUUACUUGUCGUCGUUAUAUUGAGUUUCUCGAAUAUUAAAAAACCUGCAUUUGGCCAAGAACGGAUAUAUCUAAUAAUGUCCACCAUUCACAAGGGUUGUGGAAUUAUCAGUUUACUUCUUGGAAGCAUCUGCUACAUGACAGGUGUAACCAAACAGAAUUUUACGGCUUGGCUUCGGCAAGAAAUAUAUGGCUACUUUUUGGCAUUCCUCUGUUUCUGUAGCAUGAUUGUGGUGAUAAAUGAUCCCGCUAAAGUAUGCAUUAGAAAGAUUGUAAAAUUUAGGAGAGGAGAAGAUAUAAGUGAAAUAGAUGAUGAGGAGCUAUAUUGGAGAUUUGGAGAGAAAAAAAAGAAAACCACAAAACCAGUAAACCUUUCGUUGGCGUGA